ACAAUGUCAACUAAUCACAAUCAGUAGCGCGCGGUAUUAAACGCACGAACAGUAAUUAUCACAUUUUCAAUAAUUAACAUUGUUAAAUUGGAAGUGUGAUUGUGAAAAUGUGUGGUGUGAUCGGUAGCGUGAUCACUUUGAGCUUAGGUGCCAUUCUUGUGAUCGGCAGCUGUAUCGUCGGCUUCCUUGUGGUACCUAACGUCGUUCGGAAUGUGAUCACAGGCGAGGUCGUGCUUAUAGAAAACACAAUACAGAUGGAGAGGUUCGAGAGGGUGCCGUUCACGCUGAACUUCACCGUGAAGAUCUUCAACGUGACCAAUCCACAAUCCGUACUGAAUGGCGGUGUCCCAUUCGUCACUGAAGUAGGACCAUAUGUCUAUAAGUUACACCAGACUCGGGAGAUACUCGGUAUGAACGGCGAUGUAAUCAGGUACAAGAGACAUGAACACUUCGUCUUUGACCCGGUCCUCUCAUACCCAUACACAGAAGAAGAUGUACUAACCAUCAUCAACGUGCCGUACCACGCCAUCAUCCAAGUAGCGGAAACGUUGUACCCGAGUUUGAUGCCAUUAGUGAACCUCGCAAUCGAUGGUGUGUUUGGAAAAAACAAUCAGCCGUUCGUAAACAUAACGGCUCGGGAGUUACUGUUCGACGGUAUCCCGCUGUGUCAGAACACUGGUCUGAUUGCAACUAUCGCGUGCAACAUCAUCAGGAACAUCGCACAGGGAGCCCGGAACAUUGAACAGUUGGAAGAUGAUUCUCUCGUGUUCUCAAUCUUAGAUUAUAAAGAACAACUACCAAGCGAAGAGUAUGAAGUGCUAAGAGGAUUGGAUGACCCGGCAGAUUUGGGUCGUAUCCUGAAGUACGGUGGCUACAACCGCUUCCGACACUGGGCCAAGAACCCUGAAGGUGGAGUCACCCCCUGCAACCAGAUCAACGGCACUGAUGCCGGUAUCUACCCACCGUUCGUCAAGAGAUCAGAUAGCAUCUAUGCCAUCAACACGGACAUCUGCCGAUCAGUGGAGCUCCGGUACGAGUAUGACACGGAGUACAAGGGCAUCCCAACGUAUAGGUAUGCUGCCAACGAGUGGCUGCUAGACAAUGAUGAAGGUUGCUUCUGUCUGAAUGAGACGCGAGGUCUGAACCGAGAAGAUGGGUGCCUACUUAAAGGUGCCAUGGAGCUGUACAGCUGUGUCGGUGCUUUCCUCGUGUUGUCGUACCCACACUUCUUGUUCGCCGACAACAUAUAUCGCAACAGCGUGGUUGGGAUGUGGCCUGAUGAAGACAAACACAAGAUAUUUGUGGACAUAGAACCGAAUACUGGCACUCCGAUCAGAGGUGCGAAGAGGGCGCAGUUCAACAUAUUCGCCAGGCCUGUCAGUGGUAUCCCCGCCACACAAACCUUCCGCACUUCCUUAGUCCCGAUCUUAUGGGUGGAUGAAUCUAUCAUUCUGCCCGAUGAGUUCGUCGAAGAACUGACCGGCAGGUUGCUGCACAGUCUCCGAUUAGUAGACAUCUUCAUACCGGUCAUCAUCGCAGCUUGUUGUCUCGUGCUGUUGUUAGGAACUGGCCUCACCAUCAGAGCCUUUUUAGUAAGAAAUUCAAUAAAGAAGACCGAAGCUGUACUUGAUUCUAAACCUCAACCAGAAGUUGAAACUCGGCCGGAACCUGAAACUCAAAUUGAACCUCGAAGUCAACCAGAACCCCGGUUGGUUGAGAACGGAGCUACCAAGUAGAUAUUAAAUAAAUGUUAUGUACCUAAGAUAUUAAAUUAUAAUGAUAUUAUUUACGCA